CGCGUCGCCGGUGUCGGGGUGCGCAGGUGAAGGCCGCAGGGAUGCUGACGCUGGCCAGCAAGCUGAAGCGGGAUGACGGGCUCCGAGGCGCCCGGGCGCCAGCCACGGCCUCCGACUCCACCCGGAGGGUGUCGGUGCGGGACAGGCUGCUGGUGAAAGGUGAGGCGGAAGUGUGUACGUGCAAAGUGCAUUUUCCUGACCCCAACCAGCUCCACUGCUUCCAGCUCACUGUGACCCCAGGCCGCUCCUGCCGCACGCGCGGCCGAGAGUGUUUGUGCCGCUGCCGCGGCGUGUCCCUGGCUGCGGUGGCCCCGGCGGCGCCCGACAGCGUGUCAGAGUCGUGCCCCUCGGGAUUGCAGGUGCCAGCGCGACACCUGGCGCUGGAGUCCGGGCUGCGCGGGGCAGGCACCAGGAGGCGGGUGGGGGUAACUGGGCUCGUUGCUGCUGAUUCCGGGGCUGCCCGCGCCCCCAAGCCCCCACUGGAGUUUGUGCCCACGGGAGUCCUCACCAUCAGUGCCUGGACAUUCCUUUCCGGAGCCUUGUGCCGCGCUGGGGUCUUCCGGUGCCUCGGCCAUUUUGAGGAGCACCGUGGCCCCGUGCACGAGCGGCCAGAGCCCCCGCCCCGGCCCCGUGUUUCCGUGGGCUGUGCUUGCGCCCCCGCCUCACGCCGUGGCGGGCAGAGAGGGUGCGCAGGCGCCUCCCGGGUCCGGCACGAAGUGGGUCGGGCAGUUUCGAGCCCUGUACCCUCCGCCGCCCCGGCCAAGUGCCAGGGGACGCUGCGGGGCUGCGCCCUCGGCCAGCCUCUGCUGUGCCGCCCGCGAGGGCGCCUCCCGCCCGGGGUGUGGGGCUCGGCCUGGGCCCCCCGCUGUGGGCGUGCUGAGAAGCCGGCUCUCCCUGUGUUGCAGCCCCCCAAAGUGAAAUGCCUGACCAGGAUCUGGCACCCCAACAUCACGGAGACGGGCGAGAUAUGUCUGAGGUGAGUCCCCGCGCGAGCAGGGCGUGGCCCUGUGAGGACUCGCCCCGGCCGGGAUGUUGUCUGGGGGCUGAACUCUCUGUUCACUGACCUCUUGAACUUCGACGACCCGCUGAACAUCGAGGCCGCAGAGCACCACCUGCGGGACAAGGUGAGCCGGCCUGCCCCGGCAGCCUCUGAGGGACAGGCCUGGGGGCGUGCCCAUGUGGGCGCCCGCCCCACGCCCUCACUCUGCGGCCGGGGUCCGCGCCAGUCAGGGCGGCCACUGGGUGACGGGCCGCUCACGGCCGCCUCGGCGGCUCGCACCCCCCCGCCUGUCCGCUUUGGCCUCAGGUAACUUAUGGGUCACGUCUGUUCCUCGUCGUUCACUGUUUCCUCGCAGGUCAGUGCGAAGCUGACCGCUCCCUCAUGCAGGGAGGCUCCAUCACGCUUUUUGAAAACUCCGCUCUUCCGCUCGAGGGCACUCGCGUUCUCCCUGGUACAGGCAGCGGGCGGAGGGCGCCCCGUGCGCCCCUACAGAGGCCGCGGCGGGCAGCAGCAGUGUCCUGCCUGCUGGCCGAGCGAGGGCAUUCGCUGCUGAACCGGCUCCCCUGGUCGGCUCCGCACUGCGGCCAGGGGUGCGGCUGGCCGCUAGCCG